UCUGACGUCCUAUGUAACUUUUCCAGUUACAAAACUUUCGUCCAUGACAACAAUAAAUCUUCGAAACGGGAAACCUGAAAAUGCACAUUAUGAUCCACUGCUACUCUACAGAAACUGAAAAGUGGAAUUAAUGUGGAAUACCUUCUCAUAACCUCACAUUCACUUUUCGGUGCUGGGAUAAUAGGAUAGUCGUAACGUAACGUUACGCACAGUGAAACACAAGCAAUGUAUCAUCGUACGCUGUAAUUCCAUCUUAGGUAAUACAUCCACGCGACAACAAAGAAGAAAAGAAAACCAAAAUCUCUUGCGAAUUUUCGAAGAGGCAUUUUCGUUGCGGUAAUUUUGCAGGCUCCCGUGCAGAACUUUUGAUCAAGAAGCUUCCGGAGUUGGUUAUCAGCUGUGAUUGGAAAGAUGAAGGAUCGUCAUAGGUAAGACGAAUCUGACAGGAUGGGGUCAUUUCUCGACAAACCGAAGACUGAAAAACACAAUGAACAUGGCUGUGGGAAUGGGCUGCGUUACGGUGUGGCGAGCAUGCAAGGUUGGCGUAUCGAAAUGGAGGAUGCCCACUGUGCCGUCACAGGUUUGGGUGAAGGACUGGAAGAUUGGUCAUUCUUUGCCGUAUUUGACGGACACGCAGGAGAGAGAGUGUCGGCACAUUGUGCAGAUCACCUACUUGAGUGUAUAGUGGGUGCAGAAGAGUUCAGAAGUGAUGAUGUAAUAGAAGCAAUACGUGCUGGUUUCCUUCGUCUGGAUGCCCGCAUGAGAGCCCUUCCUGAGUUAGCUAGUGGUGAAGACAAAUCUGGUUCAACAGCUGUUUGUGCACUUAUAUCCCCUCACACGGUGUACGUAGCGAACUGCGGUGAUUCGAGGGCUGUACUGUGCCGGAGCGGUAGCCCGACAUUCUCUACCAGAGACCACAAACCAGUUCUGCCCGCAGAAAAAGAACGUAUUAUGCGUGCAGGUGGAAGCGUAAUGAUCCAACGUGUCAAUGGCUCACUGGCUGUUUCACGUGCUUUGGGUGACUACGAGUACAAAAAUGUGGAGGGCAGAGGCCCUUGUGAGCAGUUAGUCUCUCCAGAACCGGAAGUAUCAGCUGUGGUUAGAAAUGAAGAAAAGGAUGAGUUCUUGGUCUUGGCUUGUGAUGGUGUUUGGGAUGUAAUGUCUAAUGAAGAUCUCUGUGCCUUUGUGCGUUCUCGUCUUGCUCUCACAGAUGACCUCGAGAGUGUGGCCAACCAAGUGGUUGACACUUGCCUGUACAAGGGAAGUCGAGACAACAUGAGCAUUGUGUUAGUCACCUUCCCAGGUGUGCCACAGCCUUCAGCUGAAGCACUGCAGCGUGAACGAGAACUUGAAGAAUUAAUAGAAAGGAGAAUGACAGAUAUUAUAAACCAAGGCGACACAGUGGAAUUUCUCCAUGUUCUUCAGACCCUUGCAGAUGAGAACAUACCAGGACUUCCUCCAGGAGGUGGCCUUAGUGCAAAGAGGAACUUUAUUGAAAGCGUCUACAAGAAACUGUGUCCUAACAAUGCUGACAGUGUAAGUGUAAGAAUUUGUGAUUGUUAUUAUUAUUGACCUUUGUCUUUUGUAUAACCUAAGUCAGUGCCCUUUCUAUUUCUUGUCUAAUUGAAGAAAGUAAUUUAUAUACAGACAAAAUCUUUUUGCUUUCCAAAAUGUAAUCUGUCAAAAUUUUCAACAUUGACAUCUUCAUGUCAACCACACUCUUACAAAUGAGCAUGAUGGCAUGGUCUGAUACAUUUAAAUAUAACCAAAUAACUUAGAGACUGUGAUGUUUUAAAAAUGUACUUUUUAUUUCUCUGUGAUACUUUACCUUACAGUAUGCUUUGUAGAUAAAAUUUUACAUUGUCUCUGCUUUUUUCCUUAAAAGGUUUCACUCCAAUAAAUUUCAGAAAAUUUAAGUGACUUUUUGUACAAAUUAUCUAAUAAUACUUGAACAUUUUUGCUUAUUUGUAUCUAUUUUUUAACAUUGCUAAUAACUGAAUGGUGAGUGUUCUGUUUUAUGAUGUGAUGGGUAUGUCACAGAUAAUUAUAUUGUUUGAGCCAUUAUGGAGAGAAGAUUAGAAAAUCCUGCCAGCCAAAUUCUAGAGAAAGGUUUUAAAUUUUGUGGCUGUCGAUGGGCCUAGGAAAGAAGUGGAGCGCAACAUCUGAUCAUCAAAGAUGAGCAGUAGAACAGUUUUUCAUAUGCAGUUAAUGUGUUGUGUUUGGUGUUUCCUCAUUUAAAUCACCCAUACCAGAAUGUCGUCCAACAGCUGUUCUUUUUUGUUGUCUCUGACAUGCGCAUAACUCUCUAAUAGUUGAAAUAUCUGUCAAACACAAACUCUUUCAUUAAUUUGUAAAGGUAUUAUUUUAAAAACCUCAUGCCUUGCAAUAUUAACUACAUAAAAUUAAAGUAAUUAAACAGACAGUGCUGGUAAGAAUUUCCAUUUGGCAAUCAAAUUAAUUAUUUGAUUACAUGCUUAAUCUCCAUUUUCAUAUCGCUAGCAAUGCAUCUAUAUAUACUUCGAAACCUUAAAUUAUCAAACUGAAUUUUUUUCUGGCGUUCAUUGUGUACUGUGUGUAUUCAAGAAUAAUAAUAUGUUUUCAAUUAUGAGCAUUUUGAUUAAACCUGGGUAUUUAAUUUUGUGAUUUCUGGGAAAAUAUUACGGGAAGAGGUAAAAUUUUCUGAGAUAAGUGGGUGACCUUGUCUUUGCAUGUAGCAUGAGAUAGUGGGUAUAUUUUGAGACACAGAUAAUUUUCUGGGCCUUCCAGAAUUUUAGGCUUCAGCUUGUUUUGUCUUAAGCAGAGUAAACAUUGAAAUAGAAUGAGGUAUUAGUGUUGUGUAUUUUUUACUGUGUGCAGUAAUACUUAAACUGGAGUGAGCAAUUUGGCAAAAUUGCUAAGCAUACUCACCACUCAUUUGUUAAUGUCAGCAUGAAUUUUGAUAUAUUACCAUUUUAUUAACACUUUCUCUUGGUUAAUGUUUUAAAAGUUAUUCUCACAACUUCUGUUAGCUAUAUUUUUCCCCAUUUGUGCUGUGUGAAAGUAUCAGUUUUUAAAAGGCAUAAAAUUUAUCAACCAAUAUAUGUAGCAUUGGACUGUUUCUCAGAACAGACUAAAGUCUCACUUUUAUUUUCACCAGAAUUCUCCUGAAUCCCAGCGAAGAGGGGUCAGCGAAACAUAAUGGUGACUUUCUUAAACUGUUACUGGUCUGUGUCAUUUUAAUUUCAUGAAUCUUCAAACCAUUAAUUUUUUUCCUUGCAAGAAAAUAUGAGAAUUUAAUGUAAAUGUAAUGGCUGUAACAGAGGAAUAUUUUUUGAAAACAUCUGAAGUUUAUCUUAUGUGAAAACAGAGAAGAAACUUCCAUUUAAGAUUUAUCUUGCAGUAUUGAGAAAUAUUUUGUUUCAUGUUAAUUUCCUCAAUUGUCAUCUGACUUAUGUACCAUUGAGUACUGUGCAAAAGGCAAAAAGAUAGGCAUAAGGAAAUGUACAUCUGCAAAUAUCAAUUGUUUGUGUAGUGGUUUUCCUUUUAAUCUCUGGUGUAUUAGGACGUAUUAGAACAAAUGAUAAAAACUUUUCUGUACAAAGCAUAUUGUUUUGGUUAACUGAUGUGGAAUACUGCAGUUUGUAAUGUCAUAUGUCUUAGUAAGCACAACACACGUUUUGUGCAUUGUCUUCAUAGGUCUGUUAAUGUACAUAAAAAGUAUAUGUUGAAGACAGUAAAGCUGUAUAUAAAAUGUUGUAAUAGAUAUUUUCCCAGUAAAGGUACUUUUCUAGGCUGAACUAAAGCUAAACUUCCACCCUGCCCUGCAAGUGCUGUAGAUUUAGAAACAUACAUUAAGUUUAUAAUUAUUGUGUGAGUGAUUUAUUUAUGAAUACUGAAGUUUCCAUGUAAUGUAUGUCAAUAAUUAGUCCUUUCCUCGACUUUUAUUGCUUACACACUGAGAUUUUGAAGAAGAUGUUGUUGUUCUUGUUUAUUAUUGUGAUUAUUAAUAUUCUUGCUACUGCUAUUAUUAUUCCUUUACUUUACUCUGUUUGUACAUUGUGUUAUCAUGUUAAAAGAUAUGUACAUAUUUUUGUGUGAAAAUUAGAAUGGUAAUACUUACUUAUCACGUUUGUUAUUUUCGUAGUCAAUUUUCAUACAUAAAACCUACAAAUAAGCAUAAGUAUUAAGUUUAGUGGUUACCUCACUUGCUUAUGCAAUCAAUGUGUCAAGUACUGCUGAUUUUGUCAUGCAAGUUAAAAGUUUCUAACGUCUACAUCAUUAGUUCAAACAUUUAAAAUUGUUGCAGAUUUAAAGUUUUUAAUUUUUUUAAGCAAUAGUUUAAUUUGAUCAUAACUAUAUUCUUAAUGAGACUGACAGGCUUAUAAUAUUUGGAGAGAUAUCAAUAACAUUUAUUAUCAUUUAGGAAGGAGAGAAUUGGAAGUUGACCACAUAUAAUUGGCUACAUGUUGAUAAUGAGAUUAUAUUAUACAAAAUUAUAGCAUUAACAAUUGAAGGUGGGUGAGAAAGAUUACCUCCUUAUCUUUGAAGAGCAUUCUUAGAUAUCGUGAUCACUUUUCUAUAUUCUAUGUAAUUUGUUUAUCGUUUGAGCAUUUUCUGAAAUCAGUGUAUAAUCUGCUGAAGGUGGGCCUCAGUUACAUAUGAACAGUAAAUAUAAUAAAUAAUAUUUGGUUAAUGGAUUUCUUUGAACUCAAGUACAUUAAUAAAAUUAUAAAAUUUGUCUUUCUUAUGAAGCAAACUGUCUUUUCGCAUUAAGAACUGUCGGAGUUGAGAUUUUGUAACUUAAAACGAUAUGUUUACGCAUUUAUUCACAACUGUUUCACCACCCACAUUAAUUUUUGCUGUGUUGUGGUAGAGAGUGAGUUAGAAACAGUAUUUGAUGUGUUGUACCAGGGAGUAAAGUAACCUUAGCAAGAAUUUUUUUCUUUUAUUAUUGAUUAUAUUGUUGUUUUGUGAGAUAUAUUCCCUUUGUAAAGAAACCAUAUUCAGCUGCUGUAGGUGUCAAAAUGUAGUUCGUAAAUGAAAAAGGAAGUUGUAUUUGUGUGGCCAUCUUCCACGCUAAUUGGCCAAGACGACCAUACUGAAGGAAAGUAUGUGCACAUGCAAAUUAAUUUUGCUUCACUUGACUCCGGACUUGUUGUGCAUUUGUUUCAAAAAAGCCUCAUUAGUGAAAUAUCACUCUAACCUCUGCAUGCAGAAUUCAUUGAUUCAAAGCAGUUAAAGGGCAAGUUCAGUACUUUUUUUGUGCUUAACAUCCACUAUUCAGUUUCUUGGUGUUCAUUGUGCAUCCAUGUUGCAUAUAUAAGCUGGGUAGCUUACAGUCUUGUAAAUUUUUUCGUAGCAUGCUUAUGUUCAUGUUGUGUAUGUGUUCGUUUUAUCUGUGGCCUUAUCGAUAUAACUCACUUUAGUGUAGCAUAUAUUGCAAGCGUUCUGUAGCGCAUCCCCCACCUCCCGAGAAAUCGUUUUAAUAUGUGGUUGGAAGUGUAGUCAUGUUGAGACAUCUUCAUUUGUCCAAAUAAUGGAAUAUUAGUAUGUUACUUUGUGGAAAUAUAGUAAAAGAUAUUUUAUAUACAGUAAAUAAAUGGAAUUAGUCCCCAGUUGUAUAUACAGAGCUUUUGCUUCAGCACCAUUGAAGAAAAAGGAUUAAUAUGUUAUGACACACAAACAUUUUUGGGUUUAGGCAAAUCGUAUAUGACUUCUGCAUAUGCUGGGAGUGAUUGUGAUUUGCAGUACAGUAUUUCUUUAACACACAAAUUGCAGAAUUAAAUUUUUGAAAUAACAGAAAAUGGCACUGUCACAAAUCAUAUCUGAUAUAUUGCAUUUAAGUUGUGUGGAACUUAUCAGAUACAGCAUUAAGUUUUUAAGCCAUACAAACUUCAGUUUUAUAUUUUUGUCUCUUUUCAUUGGUUAUAAUGACUCUACAUUAUAAACUCUGACUGUAGAAAAUUACUCCUUCUUCAAAACAGAAAUGAAAUUACAGAUAUGUGGUUCCUGCAUAACGGUCUCUAUACUUUCGAAAUCAAGAAACUUCUUUUUCUGUAAAUUUGGGAGCAAGUGAUGAACUGAUAUUGAUACAAACUUGAACAAAUCCUUGCCAUUACCUGGCUCAUCUCCAGUUGUUUCGUGGUUACAUAUGGUAUUUUGAUUCAUAGUGAUAAAUAAUGCAUGAAAUUUUGUCUACACAAUCCUAAAAUUUGUAUCUGACAGUAAAUUGCUUGACAGAAGGCAAAACCUUGUAAAGAUUAUAUGACAAAAAUUAUAAGAGACAAGUUUGUAAGUUGAUCUGGGGGAAAGGACCAAACAUCGAGGUCAUAUAUGAAACUGAAGUCAAUCAUCAAAUACUGUAGUAGUACUUUCUAUGAAAUAUGUUCUGGUUCCUAUAUUUUCACAGAGUUAUUGGUUAUGAAACACGUUACAGGACUCCUUGCGCCUAUUGGAAUGCAAAAUGUUUCAUAAUAAAAUUUCUAUUUUUUCUCCAUUGCACAAGUGAUGUGUAGACAUUAUGUACUCCCACACUAGCCUAAUAAUAAGAUAAUUUUGGUAAUGUUUUAUGCAUAUGCCUUCCCCUGCCAACUUUACUCUUACCAGUUGUUUUCUGCUAAUUGCAAUAGUUAGCAUGCUGUGAUUUUAGGUUACAUGUAUAUAAAUUUUACUGUACUCAUUAAAAUAGAACAACUAUUAGUAA